CUCGACUUUCAAGAAACAUGUCGACGCCGUACCUUGCAAAACUAAAAUCCGUAUUUGCAUCAGCACAUACACGCGAGCUACGCGGGCACAAGCAAAAGGUCCUUACCGUAGGAUGGAACAAUGACGGUCGGAAGCUGGCAUCCGGGUCUGCAGACCAAACAGCGCGAGUAUACACCAGUGUAGAAAGAACGAGUAGCAAAGAUGCCAUCGAACUCAAGGCGCAUACCGGAGACGUCGACCAACUGUGCUGGGAUCCAACGCACCCUGAUCGUCUUGCAACCGCAUCACUGGAUAGUUCGAUUAUGAUCUGGGAUAUCCGAACAGCCGACAAGACCCGCACACAUCCUUAUGCCCGCAAAGUCAGUACAACAGGAGAGAACAUCAACAUCUGUUGGAGUCCUGACGGACGACAUAUAGCUGUUGGUAACAAGGAAGACAUGGUCUCGUUCAUCGAUCCUCGUGGAGGCGGGGACUCAAAGAGUGAAAAGAAAUACAUAUGGCACACAAUCAAAAACGACGUCGAGAUAAACGAAAUCAGUUGGAACUACGCUGGGGACUUAUUCUUUAUGACAACAGGCCAAGGAACGGUCAAAGUCUUGGAAUUCCCCCAGUUCAAGCCGGUGCUGGACCUGACAGCUCACACCGCAAACAUAUAUUGCGUUGAAUUCGAUCCAAGGGGAAAAUACUUUGCAACGGGCAGCGCCGAUGCUCUCAUAUGUUUGUGGGAUAUUGAAGAAUUCAUUUGCGUAAGAACGUUUGGAAAACUCGAGUGGCCCAUCAGAACCAUAAGCUUCAGUUACGAUGGAGAGCUCAUUGCAUCAGGGUCCGAGGACCGAAUAAUAGAUAUUUCGGCGGUGGAAACUGGAGAAAGCGUCCAUACAAUCCAAUGCAAUGCUGCCAUGAACAGUGUUGCAUGGCACCCGACCAAGCACAUACUUGCAUAUGCGGGGGACGACGUGGGUGGUAGAGAUCAUAAAACACCAGAAGGGAAUCUGCGCGUAUUUGGAGUGUCAUCAUCGUCAAGUUCAUAAUAGAUGAAUGCUUGCAUCUUGUUCCUUUUCGAUGACGUUUUUCCAUUCCCAUCAUGCAAUGACCGUUUAAAAUCCCGUAAUAAAAAACAAAACAACGAGGGGGAGCUUUUCAUCCAAUCCGCGCUCCAAGGCUUCC